GUAGAGGUUCCGCGCCGUGUCUAGCUUGAUUUAUAAAGAUAAUAAAAACUAUUAAACUGGGGAGUAUUCCAUAUAAUCCGUCGCUUGUGAAUUCUGUGGAGUUCUGUGAGCGGUUUGCCCAAGCGAUGGCGAUCGACUCAGGACGCUCGGAGCAGUCAGAUUCGGACACAUUCAUCCUCACGAAUGACAACAAUAAGUGGAAGUCUCCAGCUUCCCGCCAGGCUAUGGUCAACAAGAUGCAAAGCAUAAUAGAAGAGACGGGCCUGUACGAGUAUUCGGCGGCAGAUCUGGAAGACAACAUCUAUCAGAACUCCAAAACCAAGCCGGAGUACGUCAUCAUGUUGGUCUACAUGAUGCAGCAGCUUAAGAAACUGUCUGUAACACAGGCGGGAGGCGCGAUAGAGGAGGACGACGAUUUCAUGGUCGACGCCGCCACCUUCACCGACUUCAUGUAAAACAUCAAAACGCAACAGACGACUGCAUUUAUUAGUUGGACAAGCAAAAACAACCUUUAUUGCAAACUAUAAGUUAACAAAUCGAAUAUAAAGUCCAAUGGCGUAAAAGUAUACGAAAUUGAUGUCAUCCAGAGGGCGCGUAGGUAGUUGGUUUUAGAAUGGCGGGAAAUGUUUGACCAAAUUAUUUAUUUUAAGGGGUAAUGUUGGUCUAAUUAAUUAUUAAGGGAAUGGGGAAUAAAGGGGGGCGAAACGGUAAAAAGGGUAUAGAUAGGUAUGUAAAAGAACUUGGGGGAGGGGUGAUGGUGUGCCUUGUCAAAUGAAGGUUUUAUUUCAAAAUAGAAAAAAGAAACGUACCUACUAAUCAAUGCAGACUUCUGUCUCUGGCUAUAUUGUCUUUACAACCAUGUAUUGUUUAAAAUAAAAAAC